AUGCUGCCCAGCGAUGGGUCUCCAGGUGGCCGCAGCCCGCUCGGCUCCGCGGGCAUCCACGGAGCGGCCAGCGGUGCAGAGGAGGUGUCGCGGCUGCAGGCUCGGGUGGCGCACCUCGAAGGCGAGCAGGAGAGGCGGAUCAAAUUGGAGAAGUUGCUGGAGGUGCAGACGGUCCAGGUGGACUUGCAGAAAGAGCUGCGGGUCAAGACCGAAAGCUUGCUGCAGGUGGAGCAGCAGACGAGCUCCAAGCUUCGGCAACAGGUAGACGAGAUGCGGCGGGCCCCCGCCUCGUCUGGCGAGCAGUCGCCGAGCCAGGCGCGGCGGCAGAUCGAAUACCGGUUUGCCCAGGCGCAGGAGCACAUCCAUGCGCUGGAGCAGCAGCUCGCCAACGCCAGCCCGGAGUCCACCAACGCCGACAUCGCCCUGCAGAAGCAGCUCGCGGAGCAGGAGGCGCUGAUCAAGCAGCUGCGGGAGCAGAUGGAGGCGAAGGCGCCGGCCGGGGCCCCCGCGGGCGACGCCGUGCGGCUGCAGCUGCUGCUGCAGAGCCGCGACAAGCACCUCGACGAGCUGACGCAGUCGGUGCGGAAGGCCCAGAACGAGGCCGCGGAGGCCCAGUCAGAGGCGGAGGUGCUCAGGAACCAAGUCAGGGUCUUGAAGAAGGAGGUGUCCCAGCGCGCAGAGGAGAUGGAGCGCCAGCUUCACACUGAGCGCUCCGUGCGCGCCGAGGGCUUCCAGCUGAAGGCCAAGCUGGACCAGCUCGCGGAGCAGAACAGGGAGGAGACCCGGCGGGCCGCCGGGUUCGCGGACACUGCGCGGGAGGUUGAGGACGCGAGGAGGCGCAUCGAAACGCUGGAACAGCAGCUCGCUGAGGAGAAGGCCGCCUCCGGCCGCGAGCGCGAACAGCUCGCCGCCGAGGUCCAGAGCCGCCUGGGCGCGAAGGACAAGGCCAUGAGGCACCAGACCUCCACCAUCGAAGCCCUGAACAGGGAGCUGAAGGAGAAGCAGGCUGAGAUAGAGCGGCUCGUCCGGGCCUGCGGUGGCGAGGCCGCGGAGCCCAGCGCGCCCCGCGAGCCCGCGGCUGCCCGGGUGCUCCCGCCCCUCGGCGCGCCCUCGCCGCGCGGCGACGAGGCCCAGGGCGCGGCGAGGUCGACGGAGUCGCUGCAGCGUCAGAUCAAGGCCAAAGACGCGAAGAUCGCGAAGCAGUCGGAGAAGGUCCAGAUACUCACCGAGAUGGUCGAGAAGCGCGACAAGCAGAUCGAGGAGCUGUCCACCGCAAAGCGCGACCGCGUGGGAAUGGAGAGCAGGGUGGCCGAGCUGGAGGACGUUCUGAGGGCGCAGCCGAAGGUGGGCUCCCGCACGGAGGCCGAGCGCAGACUCAUCGAGCAGGAGCUGCGCGCGCGGGGCCAAGAGGGCCAGGAGCGCGAGCUGCAGGCCGCCCUGCAGCGGGCGCGGCAGGAGAAGGACGCGCUGCGCCGGGAGCUGGAGGCCCUGCGCGGCAGCCUCGAGGACGGGGCCUCCAGCUCAGGCGCUCUGCAGAGCGAGAACGCUCGCCUGGCCUUCGAGCUCAGCGAGGCGAGGCGGCAGCUCGAGAGGCGCGGCGAGGAGCUGCGCCGCCUCCAGGAUGGGGGCCCCGCCCACGCGAUGCCGGACCCUGCGGCCGCGGCCACGCUCCCUGCGAUGCAGCGGCGCCUGCAGCGCCUCGAGCAGGUCGACAAGGCCCUGGGCCGCGACGUAGUCCUGCACCUGCAGGAGCGCGAGGGCAAGAUCGACACCCUCAGCUCCCAGCUGGACCUGCUGCGGUCCGCCAACGCGGACCUGCAGGCGAGGCUGAGCGCGGCCGAGGAGGGGCGGGCUCCCGCGGUGACGGCCGGCGGCGGCGGCCCCGAGGCUCUGGCGGCGCCCGCGGCGCAGCCUGUGCUGCAGGCGGCGCCACAGGCGAUGCAGGCCGCGGGGGCGCCGCAGCCGCAGCAGGUCUUAGCGCAGGCUGUGCGGCAGCAGGUACGGCAGGCUCCAGGCGGGUCGCCGCUGGGGCAGGACGCCGAGCGUACCGUGGCGACUACCGGGUCGUUGCAGCCGCCCUUCCCGCCGCCCACGCGGAUGCCCGUGGUCCAGGACUCGCAGCUCACCUUCGAGGACUUGCGGAACAUGUCGACCGAGGACAUCCGCAACGAGCUCAUCUCGCGCAGGCACGAGUGCAACACCCUCGAGGAGCAGCUGGAGGAGAAGCGGCAGUUGGUGCUGAAACUGAUCGAGGAGGCGAACCUCUGCAAUGCCGAGGUCGCCUCUCUCCAGCAGACCGUGCAGCACGCGCAGAAGAAGGCCAACAAGCAGGACCGCGAGUACCACGCCCUGCUUGAAGAUAGGGACAGCUGGGAGGCUGCGGCGAAACAGUUUCAGAAGACGCUCAAGGAGAAGGAGGAGAAGGUGACGAAGUUGUUCCAGGAGCACCAGCAGGAUACCAGCGGCAAUGCUGCCAUGGACCAAGUCGACCAGCAGGGCUGGAAGCUGAAGGUCAUCGCGCCCCGCCAGCAUGAGAUACGGCAUUCGGUGUUCUUGGUAUUGCAGCGCCGGCAAAGCGACACCCUUGACAAGGUCACCCUGGGCCAGGGCCUGGCGCACCACUUCGCCAUCUCUGCGGGCCGCAUCGACAUAGUAGAGGACGCGGCGCGCGGGGCCGAGGGCGCCGCAGACGGCGACCUCUCGAGGGCGACGAGCUCCUCCGGCGGGCACAGCGACCUCAACAGCCAGGGCGCUCCGCACAGCCGCAACGCUCGGAUGUCGGGUUUCCUGGACAGCCAGGAGGCCUCCCAGUCCCAGACCUUCAGGCGUGACCUCGUGCUCGUCAACAUCGCAGACGUAGAGACGAACGACGCUGGGGAGGUAUCCCGGAGCACCAUCUCCGCCCUGGACGUGCUGAACCAGGUCCGCAACGACAUGCUGCGGGGGCACCGGGUGGGCCCGAUCGAUGGCAUCAUAGUGGACGCCGUAUUCAUCAAUCACGGGGACAUGGUGCUGCCGUUCGAGUGGCCCUCGGCGCAGUCGACGCUCCUCAUGCGGGAGGGGCGCGUACUCGCGGGGAAGCACAGCGUGAUCACGGUCCACGAGGUGCGGGACCCGUACAUCCUGCGCCUAGUGGCGUUCGAUUCCGAGAUCGGGCGCGAGUUCAUCCUCUACCUGAACAGCCGGGACGUGAUGCUGCUUCUGGAUACGCGCGACAGCGAGGCGGUGGCAAGCGUAUCGGAGGAAGAGCUGGAGCUGUCGACGCACGGCGCCCGCGCACCGGCGGGCGAGGAUUUCCAGCACCUGCUGGGGCCCUGUGUGCAGCAGUUCCGCCAGUGCUCCACGGUCUCCAGCGGCGACCUCCUGGACGGGAUCGUUAGCUCCCUGUCCUUCAGCGUCUUCAAUGGCCAGCAGAUUCUCGUGGCCAGCGAGAUGCGGAUCCCGCUGGCCCUGCAGCCCCAGCGCGCGGAGUCGACCCAGCUGGCGCUGCUCGACCCCGGGGCGCCGCCCCCCCAGCUGCGGGCGCACCAGUCGGCCGCCCUGGCGGAGGCCGGCGUCACGCGCGGCCUGAGGCCCCAGCAGCGCCAGGCCCGGCGGCUCUACGAGGACGUGGUGGGGUUCGAAGGCCGCCUGUGCAUCUUCAGCCUGAUUCACACGACCACGGAGGACCUCUCGGAGGACGUGCUCCGGGCCUCGCUCUACUACCCGAAGACCACCGCUACGAUCCAGGCGACUCUUGCGGACCCCAUGCUGUCCGACCGCCUGCGCAUCGUGAGCGAGGCUGGCGAGCUCGACGUCUCCGACGCGUUCCACGCUGUGGUCGUCGUGGAGGAGGUCGUAUACCCUCCCGCUUUCAUCGUGCGGCUCACGUCGGUCAGCCUCGAGGACGAGCACUCCGUCUCGCCCCAGGAGGCGAGCAAGCCGCACACGCACAUCAUCAGGGUCUCGAAGGACGGCGCCAACGCGGUCUGCGUGCCCGACAUGUCCUUCGCGGUCGGGCCGUCGACGAUGCGCAGCAAGCUGCUGUGGUGCAUCGGGCUCACCACGCCCGUGCAGGGGCCGAGGGAGACCCUGGUCAAGCUCCCGGGCAUGGACACCGUCACCGCAGGUGCCAGCAAGAAUGUCGUCGUCCGCCGCACCAUCACCGGGCACCCCAACGAGCACUUUGGCCUCACGGUGCAUCUGCUCGGGGCGGGCGGCAGGGCCGAGUCCGAGCGUGCCGCACAGUCCAUGCCCGCGCCGAUGAAGGCGCAGCUCCGCGCCAAGUACGGCAAGGGCCGACUGCUCGCCCGCCACGGCCGCAUGCUUGCGCUGCGGGGCUCGAAGAGCGAGGAGUCCAUCCGUGCGGUGGUCUCCGUGUACGAGCGGUCCCAGCCGUACCACCACUUCGUAAUGUCGGCGUACGAGCCGCAGACUUCGCGCGAGUGGGAGGUCCUGGCGGACAGCAUCGACAUCUUCAGGCUCUUCAGCGACCGCGAGGAGAAGCGGGCGCAGGACCUCGCCAACCCGGUGACCCGCGAGCGGCUGGCCCAGACGCUCGUGCGGUCCCUGGAGCUUUGCGAGCGCGAGAGCGAGCUGGUGCUCGUCGUCUCCCCCGCGGCCGUCCGGGAGCACAAGGAGAAGGAGAAGGUCGAGCACAAGCAGCAGGCGCUCAUGGAUCGCGAGAAGAACCCGGAGGUCUCGGGCAGGGAAUCCAGGGAGGAUUACGCGUCGCCGCUGCCACUGGCUGCAGGCAGGGCCAGCCCGCUCCAGGCCUUCGACGCGAGGCCGGCCAUCACCAGCACGAUCGCGCGCGCCGUCGGCGGCUUCACUGGCGACUACGACAGGGGCGAGGACGUCAUGGUCGAAGAGAGCAGCCGCGACCGCCUGUUCACGGCGGUGCGGCGCCUCGCGCUGCGUGACAACGGCGCCGCCGAGCCGUUCAAGAUUCAGAUCUACGACAACCCGAAGGCGGCCACGUUGCACAGUUACGUGGUGGUCGCGUCCCCUGCGCACGACCAGCCCCUGGCAGCCUCCGGCCUGCCCAUCGCGCUGACCGCGGAGCAAUUGGCCCCGCCCCCGGACCGGAAGGCGCGCAAGGCGUACACGCUCAAGGUGGACGACCGAACGCUGGAGUCCUUCCUGUGGGACACCACAAUUAUGGAACCCUCCCGCCAGGAGGAGCUGCUCACCUUCAUCUCGGAGUCGCUGCACCUCGACGAGGACGCCACGGGGCAGAUGCGGCUGUGCAUGCGCAAGAAGAAGUUGAGGGCCCACCAGGUGAAAGAGGCGAAGGCCCGUGCUGGGGAGACAGGCGCGCUGGCACCGGCAUCAGAUGUGCCAGGCGCUCCAGACGGCUUCGCUUCAAAGUCCCUGGGCGAGGUGGGCGGCACCUUCCCGCUGAACCGUCUCAGGCUGAACCGCGCGCCAGAGGGCAACAAGUCGACGGACCCAUCGGGGCCCAGCCUGCAGGGCAGCGACGACAGCGAGGUGUCGAGAAUCUUUGUCCGGGGCUGGGCGAAGAUAUACUGUGUGGCGCAGCGCCUCGGCAGCAGCACGGUCAUCAUCACAGUGAGCAAGCGGGGGCACACGUACAAGUUGGGCGUAUACGAGCCAGAGAGUAGUGCCUUGUACGAGAUGUGCCUGGUGACCAACAACUCGUCGAAUCCUCUGAACGUGCUGAUAGAGCGGUGUGAGCUCUCGACGAGACUAGACUUGAUGCUCCUCAUGCAGGAGCAGGCGUUCCCACAUCAGGUGGUAGUAAACCUGGUUCAUAUAGGCACCUCCCAGGAAUUCCAUCUCAAGAUUGGUGAUGAGCAGGUUUACACGAUGAUUGAAAAUUCACGCAGGGAGGCGUUCCUCCAUUUCUUCGAUCAGAUCAUCACGUGGGGUUGCAUCGGCUUCCACGCAGCGUCGCCGCUUGAAGAACAAGCGAACGCUGUGUCAUUCGAAGAGACAUUUGCUGGCAACCAGAUGUUCGAAAAGGCGGAGCUCGACGACUUGCUGAACCAGGAGGGCACUAUCGGUGGGCCUGGUGGAGAGAGGCGGCAUCAGUCGGCCUUGCCGCCCGCCAGGGACAAGAAGCUGCGAGUGCCCGUGAUACGUACGCACUUGGAUUUUCUUGGCAAGAAAGACCUCACCACCGGCAUCACCAUGCAUCUGCUUUACCACGCCGAGCGAAAAUUCAGCAAAGACAACCAAACUCUGUUGGUGCGGGUCCACAAGAGGGUCACCACGAAUGACGUGGCUCUCACUCUGCGGGUGCGCUCGGAGGAGGCCUUGGCUCUGCCAGAAUUGCCAAGUCACGUCAGGAGCGCCAUCUGUCCGACCCCCAGUACUGCCAACGGACGGCCGUUCGAGACGCCAGCGUUGGGAUCUGGCGAAGCUUCGGACAGUAGUAGUGAGGUGACCAUCUGGCUCCAAGACAAGUGUUCGCGGGCUCCCUGCGGAGCCUUCGGCGAGAUCUGCGAAGUGCCUGGCUUCAGCAAGCAGGUCAUCAUCCUCGCCACCGACGAGGACACCCCCCGUGUCAUGCGAAUUGCUAUCGCUCUCGCGCAGCCGCCUUUCACCGUGCUGUUCCAGGUGGUGCUGCUGGAGAGCUCCGAGCCCUCCGCGAAGGUUGAGCCAGCGACGACGCUGAAGCACAAUGCUGGGCGGAAGGUUCUGCACUCCAUGUUCCAGCACUACAUGGGGGUGAAGCAGGGCCAGCAGCAGGCGGUGGUGAGCCACCUGACUGGGGCGGCCUCCUCCGCGCGCAGCGCAGACCUUCGCCAGAAGCUCGACGACAUCAGCCCGCCCGAGGGGCCGAUCAAGGCCAUGGGCGUGGAGCAGGGCAGCGGAGCCGGCGGGCCGCAGAGGACGUCGGGCCGCUCGCAGGACGAGCCGGUGGACGUGGGGGUGGUGCACAUGGCCACGCGCCGCAAGCUGGGCCGCAUGAUGGUCUUCACGGUGUACCGAAACAUGUACCUGCGCGUGGUCAUGCACGACCCGACGACCAGCCGUGACUUCCACCUCAGCCUGCUGCACUACACGACACAGCGCUUGCUGAACACCCUGCGCAUCAACCGCGACAUGCUCGAGGACCAGAAGAACUUCGACAGCGAGGCUGACAAGGUGGAGCGCCAGCAGCUUCGCUGUGAGCUCGGAAAGCUGAUCGUGGACCACCUGUACUUGGUCAGGGUCAACGGUGGUGAAGGAGCGGCGCAGGAGGAGGUGAUAGAUGAUCUGGAUCCGGGUGACGACGACGACGACGAGAUUGAGUACGAGCUGCGCAUGCGGGACAUGAUGGACUCCAGUCUGUCCGCCGACCUCACGGUGAAGCAGAAGCUCCUGAACGUGACCAGGGAGCAGCGGUCUCCUUCGGGGCAGGCUGUCGCCAGAUUGGACGACGCGCCGGAGGUGUCGGGCCCCAGGACGAUCCUGGACAUGAAGGAAUCCAGCUUGAUCUACAAGGCCGAGAAGAUCAUUGGCGGACGCCGGGUGCUGAUCGCCUUCUACAACGAGACCAGGCAGGAGGACGUUCUGAACUACUCGCACAAUUUUAGGAUCGUCGUGGCGUCCGUGCAGUCCCUGGAGAUCCUUGCCUUCCAGGACUUCCACGAAGAUACCCUGGAGUUCGUCUGCUCACGGCGCGGGAAGAGCCACCUGAUGUCGGCUGCCCGAGAGCAAGAAUUGGUGCUCGAGUUGUGGGAGUGCCUGGCGUUGCAGCACGUGGGACAGAAGAUCACCGGCAUCACCUUCGCCGGCAUGGACUGA